AUUCCAUGCUAGUUUCCAUUGUUGGAAUGGCACUGUACACGGGCUAUGUGUUCAUGCCUCAGCACAUCAUGGCAAUAUUGCACUACUUUGAAAUUGUGCAGUGAUGAAGAACAUAUUUUCAAGAAGUAAUUGGGCUUUGAAAUCUGGUCUACAAAGAAGAAUGAACCUCUUAGUUUUAACAAGACUUCUACCGAUACCAGAAAGACACAGUUAUGACUCUGAAGACUAGGAAACGAGAUAUGUAGAGCAGGGACGUGAGAUGUCCCCUGUGUUGUGUUCAUUCCUUUUAAUUUUACAAGAUAUGCCCUUGUAUAGUAGUUUUGUCUACUUUAACAUUGUGAUUGUACUUUGAUAUCAGUAUUUUCUUAACUUUGUGACAGUUUCAAUAUUGCACUGUGAAAGCUUUUCUUAAUUGUAAUUUUGAGUAAAUCUUAAUUGCCUUCUAUUUUUAAUCGGAAAAUCAUCUUAUUAAAUGGGGCUUAAAGCUUUUGCUAUUGUACGGUAUGUAUUUGCCUGGGUAUUUCUAUUAAUGCGUUUUGUAAGAAAAUACAUCUAGAUUCAUAUUAGAGACGUGGAUAUAUUCGUCUAACGCUAUUUACAAAAGUUAGUUUGUAUGACUGAACUCAGGUGUACUGUUUGCUGUCCAGACUUUGUUCAACAGUAUAUUUGUGCAUAUCACCUAAAUUUGGAAUUGGCAAUUAUUUCAAGUUUCUGUAUUCCACCAGUUGGAGAAGGGUGGGGGAGAUAAGGCAUUGAGGCAGAGCGAAGACUGCGUUCAUUAGCUUUGGAGUAGUGCUGUGGUUCUGGGCUUUACCUAGUCCAGGGAGAAGGACUUUUCUUUGCAGACAUAGGCCCACAUAAGGCUUUGGGAUAGCACUUUAAAUCGACUCUGUUUUUCUAGCUACCAAUUCAAUUGUACUUUUACAGGAUGCUUUUAUUAUGUUCCAGUGGUUAUGGUUUCUGCUAAUUUUCACUCAACAGUGUAACUAUGUCUAGGUUUUAAAGGGGUUUUCUAUUGCUGCUAGUGUUCCAAACAUGUUCUCGCUACAAACGACCAAAACAUAGGGGUUUAAAUGGACUUGAGUUACAAUUACAGCAAUAAGUAGCUGAAUACUUGGCUGAAGUCCUGUCUUCUUUUUCUUUUAUAGGGAUUUUUUUUCAGUUUUGUAUUCUGAUAUGUAAGAUGGUAACAACUUACUUUCCUAAGUGGAGGAUUUUUUUUGUUGUUGUUGUUGUUUAAAAAAAUAAAAGUUUAAAAGCAGAGCUUUGAUGCAAAA